AUUAUUGAAUAUGAAUGCAUGUUUGAAGACCCAAGCUUGCACCCCAAUUGUCGCACGAAAGCACAGUCUCAAUGCAAUGUUACUGCCUUGAUGCUAAACAUGACACGAGUUGUACCGGACCAAAAAACGAAGUUUGAGAACGAUGAAUUAUUUCGUAAACUCUCCAGGGAAUCGGAGGUGAGAUAUACCGGAUAUCGAGACAGGUCUCACGAAGAAAGGGUUUCAAGAUUUCACGCAGAUUGUAGAGAAGGAAGAUGUCCAAUAUCAUUUGUAGCAAAUGGAACAAACAUUCUCCUAUUCCUUGGACCACAAUCAAAGGAAAAGAAGACAGAACAACCAGCAAAAGAGUUUUUAGAUUAUGAUAAAGAACCUGGAAAGGCUCAUUUGAAAAGCAGAUUUAUCAUGAAUGGUGUUUGUGUCAUGUUCAAAGGCUACGUUGAUGUUCAAAGACUUGACGGUGCUGGAUUUCUAGAAUAUGAUGAAAGUAACUCAAAGGUAGAAGAAAAACAUCUAAGAGAGACAAUGGAGCAAUCAAGGUUGAGACUUCAAGAAUUUGAGGAACGACAAAGGAGAAUAAAACAAGAGCCAAUGGAGGCAACAGAGAAUGGUAAACACUUCUUCCAUGAUGUUUUGCAAAGUCAAUACAAAAACCCUUGAAGGCUCCGUUCACUACGCAAGACAUUAUGAAAAUGGUGAAGAAGUGAGGAAAUCCUAGAACCCUCCUGGUUAUGGAUCAUAUAAAUAGCUAUUUACUUUGUUUAUGUACAAACUGGCUUCAAAAGCUUUAUGAAUUUACACAUUUAACCGUAUGUUAGAGAGAUUUUGUUACAUUCUCGUGUUGGGAUGUUUUCUAUUAUCAAAAGUGUUACUCAGGGUA